AUGCGACGCUUUUGGAAUUUCAGCGAAUGCAAGAUAGAAAACUUCAGUAAGCUAAGAGAAAUAGAUGAUAGAUCAAGAAGGAAAAAUCUAAGAGUUGAAGGAGUUAAAGAAGAUGAUAAUGAAAGCUGGCUAGAAAGCGAAAUAAAAGUUAAAAAAAUAUUUGAUGAGUACUUGGGCAUAAAAGAUGUAGCUGGUAAAGAAGAUAUAAAAAAGCACAGAACAAUUGUUGUGAAAUUAUUGGAUUUUAAAGAUGAAGAAGCAAUUUUAAGAAACUCUUCAAAACUAAAAGGCAAGAAUAUUUUUAUCAAUGAAGAUUUUUGCGCGGAGACAAAUCGAUUAAGAAAAGACUUACGAGAGAAAAUGAAAAUUGAAGGACAAUCGGGAAAAUUUGCAUAUAUUUCCAACGACAAGCUUAUUGUACGCGAGUGGAAUGCAAAAAAAAAGUAA